AUGAAGAAUUUAUUACAAGUGAUUGUUCUAUUAGUAAUUAUCACAUUAGGUGCCACACUUAAGUUAAUUCCUGAAACAAGACAAAAACGAAGUGCCUCUUGGCUAGAAAAUCCAGUAAAGGACACAGAUGUCCAAGAUAAUACGUAUAUCAAAAGAAGCUAUUUAGAUUCAAGAUUUAUGGGGUCUAUGCUGAGAAAACGUGACAUGAAUUGCUGUUUCACUGGUGGAUGUACCCCAAUGGAACAAAAGAUGUGCACUGUGCUACAGAUCAUCCAAGACUGUGGCUACCUCAGUCAGAGGGGACCAUGUUAACGUACCCGCCGUCUUUGGGUGAACCAUCUUCUUUGGAACACCACCUAUCGUUAGAACGUGAUACAAAUUCAACUGAGAUACGUCAUAUUGGAGAUGACACCUCUAAAUUAACUGCAUUCGAAAAUAUAUCCUGUUUCACGUAUCCCUGAAAAUAUAUUCUGAAAAAAACAUUGAUAUGACAAAAAUGAGAUGAUAAAACCGAAUGUAUUGUCUUUUUAUCUGUUUUAUAGUGCUAUAUGAUACAAUAUCAUCACAUUCAAGAUGAUUCGGGUUACUCUUCCUGAUAUGUUAUAUUGAUUAUAAGCAAAAUAGACAUGCAAAAUAAAACAAUUCAGCAGUUCCUGUAAAUUGCUUCCAAGAAUUUUACAAUUUAGUUUUUAUGGAUUUUCGGAGCAGUGAGGAAUUGGAAAUAAAUUCUUCCUUGCUAUCAUCUCUGUGUUAUUUCUAACAUUCUUGAUUAUUUCGAAUUGUUAAUUUUUUGGUUAACUUAAUCUAUGGCUUGACCACCAAGUGCAAAUAGAAAAGUACAAAAAUAAUUCAAACACCGAAGUUUGUGUAUUUCGAAUUGUUUUUCACUUUGCUUUUUUGAAUGUAUUGUAAAGUCUUGUUCAUGCUUCCCCACCCAGUAUUAUGAGUUGUCACAGCGUCACUGUACAAUAAAUAUUCGA